AAACUCACUGUAGCAACAGAUCGGCCCGACCGAGAAGACACAACAGAGCUGCAGUGCUCUAAGAAGCACUAAAGUUAUAACAAGGACCCACUAUUGCCUCGUAAUAUGCUUUUUACUAAGAUGGCGGACAGAGGGGUUCUUCUUCUAGCUGUACACCUGUACGUGGCUGUGGUCUCAGUUCAAAGCCAGGGAUCUCAACAGGACAACUUCAUUAUACAGUAUCUGGAGCGUAGGCUGGCACAGAUAGAGGAGCGUCUGAGCCAAUGUGAGCAACAGAGUAUAAGUGCCACACAGAAAAUCUAUGAGCUCUCCUCAGAGGUUAGAGGUCACAUGUCCACUCUCAAUGUUUUUCGAUCUGAGGUGAAGGCUCAGGUGGAAAGUGUUUCCACUCGGGUGGUACGGAUGGAGAGAGAGAUGGAGUACCUGGAGAACAAAAUCCCCACACAGUCGGACAUCGAGAUGGAGGAGGCCCUUUUGGAGCAGCAGAUCAAGGACAUCGAGCAGGAGCUGAAGCAGAAGGCCAAGAUCAAAGUAGAGAAUGAUUGUAAUACAGCACUAAGCCAAAUUAAGUCUCUGAAGAUUGUAAAGAAAGUCGGAGAUACUUCUGGAUCCUGGUUUAAAGACCCUUCAGAGGGGUCAAAUAAGGUGUACCUGAUGAGUGGAAUCCGUAACAAUACUCUUCUGGAGUAUGUUUCUCUGAAGAGAUUCACAGAGAAGGCGGUCACUCCAGCUCCCAAAGAACUGCAGCUUCCCUUCUACUGGCAGGGGACAGGGCAGGUUGUCUAUAAUGGGUUCCUCUACGUCCACAAAGCAGACACACCAAAUCAGAUACUCAAAGUUGAUUUGCUGAAUGGUACAGUGGUGGACAGCACACUACUUCCUGGGGCAGGUCAUAUACCAGUCUACAGUCUGAAUCCAAACACAUAUAUGGAUUUUGCUGUUGAUGAGCUCGGGCUAUGGGUCAUCCACGCUGACUCAGAAUACGAAGGAAACCUUGUCAUUACUAAACUGGAUAAAGCCAGUCUGGCAGUAGACUAUACCUGGGAUACUCAGUGUAAAAGUCGUGAUGCUGAAGGAGCCUUCAUCAUUUGUGGGACUCUGUAUGUGGUCUAUAACACACGCUAUGGAGGACGCUCCACUGUGCAAUGUCUCUUUGACAUCCAUGACACUAUCCACAGUAAUGAGAGCCCUGUGUUGUUCUUCCCAAAGAGGUAUACAAGCCACAGCAGCAUCCACUACAACCCUAAAGACCAACAGCUGUAUGCCUGGGAUGAUGGAUACCAGACUAUUUACAAAGUGGAGAUAGAGAGAAAUGUCACUGCUUAGUGAUCAUUUUCUUCAAUAUGGAUAUUACGAUUCCACAUAGGCCAACCCACCCAUGGUCUACGGUUAUUCUGGGGAUUUUAUUAUUUUUUUUAGAGUGUUAUUGUGACAUUUUAUUAUUUCAAUUGUCAACACAAUAAAUUAUAUCGGACUGC